UUGCUCUGGCGGCCUCAACGGCCCCCGAGAGGGCUGGAGACGGCUCUGCGGGACCGCGGGGCGUGGAACGUGGGGACACGGGACCUGAGAGUUCUUCCCAGCAGCGGGAUGGGAGCGGGCAGGGGAUGUGUCCGGAUCCCUGGUGACUCAGCUGGCUGGUACGAGCAGAGGCUGGGCUGCAGGUCGGGCUGCCGGGGCCUGCCUCCCGCGGCCACCGGAGCGUGACGGGAUCGCGCGGGUCCUGCCCGGGAGGGGACGGGCGCUGCGCCGUCCUGCCCUGCAGAUGCAGUGGGAGGUACGAGGCGCCCGUUCCCAGCAGAGCAGCUGCCCAGGCCGCUCAGCCCCCAGCACAGCAGCAUCGCUCCCAGGCCCAGGCACCCAGCCCUGAGCCAUGGCCCUGCUCACCCACCUUCUGGCCUGUGCCUUUGGCAUGGGCUCCUGGGUGGCCAUCAAUGGGCUGUGGGUGGAGUUGCCCCUGCUGGUGACAGUGCUGCCAGAGCAGUGGUACCUCCCCUCCUACAUCACCAUCAUCAUCCAGAUGGCCAACGUGGGACCACUCUUUGUCACCCUCAUGAAUCGCUUUCGGCCCGGCUUGCUGAAGGAAGUGGCUGUUAUCUAUGCAAUCGUGUCCGUGGGUGUCAUGGCCUGCUUGCUCCUGGCUUUCCUCUGGAGCCACACGUCUGUCAUUGCCGGGACGUCCCACAGCAUCCCCUUCCUAAUCCUUACCUUCUUCCUCGCCCUGGUGGAUUGCACGUCCUCUGUCACCUUCCUGCCCUUCAUGAUGCAGUUGGAGCCCCAGUACACCAACACCUUCUUCAUAGGCGAAGGGCUAAGUGGGCUGAUCCCUGCUCUCAUUGCCCUUGGCCAGGGCUCUGGUAUCUCCAGCUGCACCAAUGUCAGCUACGAGGGCAACAUCACCACUGGCAACGAGACCGUGGACACCCACUUCCAGCUGGAGACCCGCUACCUCCCACCCGUCUUCUCCACCCUCAUCUUUUUCUUGCUCAUGACUGCAAUGAUGCUGAUCUGCUUGCUGGCCUUCUUCUUCCUCACCCGGCAGCCCAAGGUGUGGGAGCUCUCUCAGCAGCACCUCUUUCCCAGCAACAUUGUGCUGAGCUCAUUUGACCAGAUCCUUGAUGAGGGAGCUGACUUGCAGCUGAGCAGAGGCUGCUCAUGCCCAAAGGAUCCCAAGGGACCUGCGGACAUCCUGCCACAGAAGGUGUCCUACUCCCUAACCCAGCUCACCCUCAUCUACCUCCUCAUCACCUGGGUGAGCGCCCUGACAAACGGAGUCCUGCCAUCCGUGCAGUCCUACUCCUGCCUGCCCUACGGACACACCACCUACCACCUGGCAGCCACACUCAGCUCCGUGGCCAACCCGCUCGCCUGUGUCUUGGCCAUGUUCUUGCCCAGCAGGUCCCUGACCCUGAUGGUCAUCCUCACCAUGGCAGGGACAGGCUUUGGUGCCUACAACAUGGCCAUCGCGGUGAUGAGUCCCUGCCCACUCCUCCAGCAGUCCCAGUGGGGCGAUGCCAUCAUCGUCCUCUCCUGGGUGCUGUUCACCGGGACGCUCUCCUACAUGAAGGUGAUGGCCGGGGUGAUCCUGCGGAGCCGCAGCCACAGCGCGCUGGUGUGGUACGGGGUGCUGGAGCAGCUGGGCUCCCUCCUCGGGGCACUGCUCAUGUUCCCCCUUGUCAACAUCUAUGGCCUUUUCAAAUCUGCUGACUACUGCAGCCUGCAGUGCCCAGCAUGAGUGGGGUGGACACCCUGAGAUUACCACGCUUGGCAGGAUGAACUCCCAAAAUCAGCGAGGCUGGCUGGCUGGGAAGCAGCACUGGGACCGGAAUGGCUGCAGACACAGCUCUCUGAUGGGCUCUGCCAGGGAGCAGCACCUCCAGGGUUUUGUCCCCAGCCUGGGCACAGAGUGGUCCCAUCAUAUGGAAGCAAUAGAAGGUGUUUUACUCA